CGGGCGGCGCGCUGGGCCGGGCAGUUGCGGAGCAUGGCGCGGGCGGCCCCCGGGCGGGCCUGGCCGUGGCUGUGGUCGACGACGGCUAAUCUUCCAGUUGCACGAAGCCAGAUUCACAUUUUGCUGUUUCUUAUACUGAAGAUUUUGUAUUCUGGAGCUGAAGAUGGAGCUGUUAAAUCCAUGCUGUUUGAAUGCAUAUGUGAGGGGAAUUCCUGUGAUCAUCAAAAACGUUGCUUUGGUCAGCAGUGUUUUGCCUCUGUGAUCCUGAAUGGUGAGGCGUAUGUUUUCCAGAAAGGAUGUUUUGGUGUGCUGGAACAUGGAGAAAUGACAUGCAAGACGGCACCUUCAAUAAAUCAGGUAGUGGAAUGCUGUUACGGAAAUCUCUGCAACUGGAACAUAAGUGCAAAGCCACUACUUCCCCAAGUGGCUGAAGCAAUACAAUACAACACCGAAUUAUUUGUUAUUUUUGUGAUAAGUCCUAUAAUGGUGGUAUUAAUUCUCACAUUUGUGGCUAUUGUGGCAUGUCGCAAGAUUAGCCAAAAUCGGAUGCAUCGGUUACUUGCACAUGAUGCUGAACAUGGUAUGAUUGAUGGCCUGAUUACUUCAAACAUCGGAGACAGCACGCUGGCGGAUUUGCUUGAUCAUUCUUGUACCUCAGGAAGUGGCUCAGGAUUACCAUUUUUAGUGCAAAGAACAGUGGCUCGUCAAAUAACGCUAGUAGAAUGUGUAGGAAAAGGCCGGUAUGGAGAAGUCUGGCGAGGUCAAUGGCAAGGAGAGAAUGUAGCUGUCAAAAUAUUUUCAUCAAGGGAUGAGAAAUCAUGGUUUAGAGAGACUGAAAUAUACAAUACCAUACUACUUCGCCACGAGAACAUACUAGGAUUCAUUGCUUCUGACAUGACAUCGAGAAACUCCAGUACACAGCUUUGGCUAAUUACUCACUACCAUGAAAAUGGAUCACUGUAUGAUUACCUGCAGCGAAAUACAGUGGAUGCUGAUGGUUGUCUAAAUGUUGUAUUGUCGAUUGCUAGUGGUCUUGUACAUCUACAUACUGAAAUAUUUGGAACAGAGGGUAAACCUGCAAUAGCACACAGAGAUUUAAAAAGCAAAAAUAUUUUAGUUAAAAAGAAUUUGCACUGCUGCAUUGCCGAUCUUGGACUUGCAGUGAUGCAUUCCCAGAAAAACAACCAGCUGGAUGUUGGAAACAAUCCUAAAGUCGGCACAAAACGUUAUAUGGCUCCAGAAGUUCUUGAUGAAUCUAUUCAGGCUGACUGUUUUGAUGCAUAUAAACGUGUUGACAUUUGGGCCUUUGGAUUUGUGUUAUGGGAAAUAGCAAGACGAACAUUCAGUAACGGAAUUGUAGAAGAAUAUAAACCACCAUUUUAUGAUCUUGUUCCAAGUGAUCCUAGUUUUGAAGAUAUGAGGAAAGUAGUCUGUAUAGAGCAGCAAAGACCAAGUAUCCCCAACAGAUGGUUUUCAGAUCCAACUCUAACUGCUCUUGCAAAAUUAAUGAAGGAAUGUUGGUAUCAGAAUCCCUCAGCACGACUUACAGCUUUACGCAUCAAAAAGACUUUAGGAAAAAUCAACAAUUCACAAGAAAAAGUAAAAGAAGAUUACUAGUAGACUUGUUUUGUAUAUGAAUUUAUCAGACAACAGAUGACUGAAAUCUGCUGGACAGGAUGCAUAAAAAGAUUAUACAUCAUGAUGAUAGUACCCUUAUCCCAUGCAACAAUUAUGCACUGACUACUGAAGUUCAAAUGUACUUUAUAUCUCUGUUCUGGCAUUUUCACUGGAAGGUUUAAUACCGCUAAUGUUUUUAUAAGGAACACUAAUGUUAAUUAAUACAUUUAUUUAAUCUUUUGUGCAUAGUUUAGAUUUAACUUUUAUGAUUUAUCAUGCUGUUAUUCUAAAUCACAGUUCAUAAAGAGGGAAAGAAAAGUAGACAAAGUGGGAUUUUUAAUUGCCUGUGCAGUUUUUAAAAUGUAUGUUUGAGGUUCUAUUAGUUCAUUCAUUUGUGAAAGGAUACGUGUGAACCAAUACGAAAGCUCCAAACUCUACUAUAAUAUUCAAAUCCAGUGAUUUCAGUGGCUGAAAUAUAAACAGCGUUAAAGCUGGGAAAUCGCUUUUUAAAAUAUGGUGCUAAAAAUAGAUAUCAUUACUGUAUUCAGAUACUUUAAAAGGCCAAGUACCAGGAUAUGUGUCUUUUAGUAUGGGAUACGUGCUUUAUUUUCCUAAAAUGGAGUGGGUAUCAGGCUGAAGUACUUUCCCCCCAUGAUUGAUUUUAACCUUUUGGCCAACUGAUAGAAUGAGGGCAAAGGCCAAACUGACCUCCUCUGUUAAAAUUCAAUUGUGCUUGAAUUUCAGUUGAAAAACAAUCAGGUAGAUUAUUAUAUGUACAUAUAUGUAAAUGAGCAAGCAUUGAUUGCUCCCUUUAACUCAUAAAUGAAGGAAAUACCAUUUAAUUUAUUAAUUUCUUUUUACCAUUGGUAUGGGCCAAGCAAUUCUGAACAAAUUCACUUCAUUUUCUUUUUCAUGGCACUCAUAUCUGCUGAUUACUGUGGUAUUUCUGGCAUGAUAUUAUUUGCAUUUUUAUCAUAUUUUUUUAAUAUUCAAGCAGGGGUCCUAAAACUUUUAAACUCAAAGGAACCCCUCAGAAAAUGCCAGCUCUUGGUUUCAGUCAUUUCAGGCAAAAUAAUACAGCAAUUUUUCUGUUGUAAAGAACUUAGAAAGACCACAACAGGCCAGAAUGUUUUUACUGCUAUGGAUUCCAAUUUGAAAUUUCUGAAUUUAUCUUGUGAAUCACGUUUGGAGUUAUAAUAUUGUAUGGCACCUGUGGCAUGCUUGAAAAUAUCUCAAAGCACUCCCUGGGUGCUGCUUCCACCUGGUUGAAAAUCACCAUAUUAGAGCAACCUGAGAUCAGCUCUUAAAGGGACAUUGAGCUGUCUAUAUCCAAAUUAGGACUUAGGUGCCUGGCCGCUAGAGUUAAAUCCAUAUUCCAGAGAUGAGUGCCUAUGCUCCUUAUACAAUGCAUGGGGAAAAUUAGGUUCCUCACAGUGGGAUCCACAACAACCAGCAUGUGAACUUUGAGCUAGCCAAUAAGAAAUGCUGAAAUGAGACUUAAACCUUGCCUCUGGAGCUUAGGGACACCUAUACAUGUGAUGGAGCUCUGCUGCAAUGCAUGCUAAUUAGCAUGUGUCAGAGCAGGCUCGAUUAAUCAAAUCUGCUGCGAGUCUGCUGGAGCGUGCUAAUUAGUGUACUCCAGCAGCCCCCACAUCACGUGUGUUCACGUCCCCAUGUUUCAAAAUAGUAGCGGGGGUGCUUUAAAGCUCAUUGAACAACCUAUAGUUAAAGCACCCCUGCUGCCAUUUUGAAGCGUGGGAUGCUGAAUAUACGUGACGCUGUGGGCGCUUUGACUAGAGUGGCUUGCAGAGCCGCUCUAAUUAAAGUGCUUGCCUCCCCACUCCACCCCAGAGCAUAUGUAUAGAUGCCCUAGGUGCCUGACUCAGGGCUGUAGGUAGGUGCCUUCAUUGACUUAAGAUCCAGACCCCUGAAACCUCCCCCGAGGCUUGGUACCUACAUCCAUUUUUUAAAAGAACCGAGAUGGACAGAAUGUUUUCUUUUAAAACUUGGCUAGAUAGAAAAGGGGUGGUGCACACUUUCUGUCCCUCUCAACCUCCGAUGGCCAGCUGGAGCAGUCUUGGUUCACGAUUCGAGGUCUACGAUUCAAGACUCCCUUAAGCUUUAAUCUCUGUUUAUAUGUUACCUUUAUUUUUUCCAAGCAAACCUGCUCUUUUGGUUUGGUUUUCUUGAAAAAGAAAUCUUGACUAAAGAUCCUUCCCUUUCUGAAAUAGGCAUUUCACUUAUGGCAGGAUUGUCAGAAAUAUGGCCUACAGAGCCAUGUCAUCCAGCUGGAAAUUGGGUGGCGGGGUGAGCAGCAGCAACAGCAUUAAUUGCUGCAUGUCCUAGAGCCUUGUCAAUUAAUGCUGCCACCUCUCAUCCCAGGUUCAGCGUGGAGUCCUGUCGUCUCCCACAGCCAGAUGACAUGGACGAAAAGUGGCUGCCUCGGUUCCAGGAGCCACAACAAUUAAUGUUGUCUCUGCCAAAUUUCCAGCCCUGGGGGAGCCACUUAACUUUUAUUUCAGCUCAUCACUCUCCAGGUUAGAGCCAAAUGAUUUUCUUAGUUAGCAUUUGUAGAAUUUCUCAAAUGACUCUCAGAUAUCUGUCCUCCAAGGAACCUGUCCCACAGUGGAACUUGUGUUUGGUUGCCAUGUCUCUGAGGUCACCUUUUGAAUCCAUGGAAUUUGCUCCUUGCUGCAACUCUCCAUGAAAUGGUUUUUCUGGUGACAAUUUUCUCAACAAUUUCCUUCCCUGAGUCAGCAGGGCAAUAUGCCAGUAUUGUUCCUGAAACCCCACUCUUCUAGAACAGGGACAUUAUUAAACCUACUGUAUGUGAAAAGAGCUUUGUUCUUCUACCUGCAUUGGGCUAAGCCUUUCAGAAAGUUACUGUAGAUAUCUGAAGUUUUAUGUCUCCAUAGAGAGAUCCAGAGACACAGGAGUAUCAGCACAGAGACUGUCCAGUUGGAUGGCAGACUGUUUUGGGCUGUGCUAGGAGUUUGCUAAGGUGGAACUGACACCAGGGGUCAGGCAAAUUCCAUAGCCUCCCUGUACAAUGUCUUGUCUGUAACUGGAAUCUGUAGAGCAGCCACCUCAAGCCCCAUUCAUAUCUUCACCAAACACUGUGCAAUUUAGUAAGGUGGUCUUUGAAGUGCCACUCACUUAGAAAUUCUAAGACUUGUCUUAGGUGCCUGAGAGUCCCUUAGAGUGAGGAUAUGCAUAUGGACAGUCAUACAAAGAAGUUACCAAGUUGUUUGAGAUACAUUGCCCAUAUACAUGUCUGAAACUCGCACCCCUCCUCCUUAUUGGAGUAGCAUGGAACUCAGGACUCUGCUGUUGAAAGGAAACUAAGGAACAGAAUGUGUGCACUGCCUGCAGCACAGAGCACAAGGAAAAGCAGGGCUAUAAUAUAGCAUGCUGCAUGGGUACUGCUAAGACAAGAAGUCUCUUGAGUUUUGAGUGCUGUGACACAAUGCAUACCCAUGGUAAGGAUGUACAUAUGAAGAGCACAUCUUGAAGAACUCCAGUUACUGGUAAGUGACUUCUUGUCUUUUUGCACAGUGGCACAACUCCAGUAGUAGUGGAAAGUGCCCCCAGCCCAUAACAUACUGAUUGUGGCAUUCUCAUAGUUCAGCAGUUCUCAGCCUUUUUAGAUUUGUGGUACCCUUUGAUCAAUUUAAGGCUCCCCUUAUUAGACUUAGGACACCUCUCAAUAGACUAAAGACCCUCCUCAGAAAUACCAGCUGUUAGUUUCCACUUAUUUUUUUACUACAAAAAGAUAAAAGAGAUUAUUCUGUUGCAAAGAACUCAGAAAGACCACAGCAGGUCAGAAUGUUUUAGACCCUAUAUAAAUUCCUCUUUGAAAUCUCUGGGUUUAUCUUGUGAAUUGUGUGCACACCUAGCAAUGCUAGCAUUGAGUAUCACCCUAUGGUACUCUAGAAGGGAUCUCAAGGCACUCCAGGGUGCCACCCUGGCCCUAGGCAGUGGGACUUGUGGGUUUGAAUCGUCUUGGGCUGAGGUGGAGAUUAAACCUGGGUCUCCCACUUCGUAGGAAAGUGGUCUAUUUGCAUUUCCACCAGCAGUUAUGUCAAAGACAGACACUAAUGCUUCUGGAGUGAAAGCAUCCAUCAGGAGUUGCUGUGGUUUCUGUUGACACGCAAUAUUGUCAGAUUGUUUAAAGCAUGCUCUGCUGCAUUGGGUCCCUUGGAGGAACUGGGGUGCAGGGUCAUCUGUUCUGUGGGUUAAAUGUGAUCCAAGCCUAAAUGGGCUUUGACAUGAGAUAAGAGUCAAGAUGUGUGUCCCUUCUGCACACCAGACAUCUAAGAAACUGGACUUCAUUGAUGUAAACUUGGGCACCUAAAAUUUCACUGGUGCUUGUGAAGUUAGGUGUGAAAUGGUGAACUGUGCUUUUGCACCUAGGUAUGUACCUAUUUGCACCUACUUAUUCAAUGUAGGUCAUACUUUUAGGGAUCUGGACCUUGGCUGAUCAGACCAAGGCAGCUCUGGACAUGGGCAAUAGCAGAACUCCAGACACUUAUGGAACGUAAAAUUAAAUAGGAAGGCAUAUGUAGAAAUUAUGUGCCUCCAGACAUAAGCAGUCACUGAGCAGAAAAGAGGGAGAGAAGUUGGAUUACAGUUCUGGAUACAGGUGCCUAAAAUCCACCUACACCCUUAUUUGGAUUUAUCCCACUGUCAAAUACCUUCCACUUCACCUGGCUUUUUUACUGGCUAGUUCAGGUUUAUUGCUUAAGUAGAAUAAAACACAAGCAUCUUAAAUAAGGAAAAUGACUUUCAGUUAUAAUUUUUUUUUCAGGGUUAAUAAUCCGAAGUGAUAACUUGGCUAAUUUUUUUCUGUUUGGUUUAUUUAAACAGAGAUAUUCUAAAAAAACACCUAGCUAGGAAGAAGGGGAACCUUUCAAGGGUCAAAUGUAUUUAACAGUAUUAUGCAUACUGCUAAUUGUUAUUUUUUUUAAAUAAUAAACAGUAACCUUCUGUAGAUUUGUAUUCCUUAUGACCAUAUAGCAGACAAACUUGUAUUAGAUCCUUGUGAACAUGCACUUUGAUGAGCCACAAAGCCUGUAAUUCUCUCUGUCAUGCAUACAUUCAUUUGUAGCUUCUCCCCUCUUACAAAAAUGUAAGAGCUCUCUAAUAAUUUUGUUUACUGAUAAGGCUCAACUGCAUUUAAUAUAGCACACAUAUAUAUUUCCUUCAUACAUUUCAUAUACAUAGACUAAAUUACAUUAUUCUGAAUAAAUAGAGAAAGUGCAUUUUGAGGAUCUUUAUUCUUCUAUUUUUUUUCCUCUUGAUUAUUUACCGAGUCGCAAAAUUUGAAAGAGCAUUUCAAGUCCUCAGUAUGGUUUUACUCUAAAUCUUUUUCAUGUAAAUUGGAAGAUAUGGAUGGGAUAGGCACUCAUCUGUAAUUCAAAUAUAUUUUAAAAAAACAACUAGGAAUAAACAUAUGGCACUAUACUGUGUUCUAAAAUCUCAAAGCAGUAAGCAAACAAUGCAGUUGUCUCACUAACAAGAAAACUGUGGGCUUGAUGGCUUUGGUUUUGUUAAUAAAAAAAACUUCCAGUUCAUUGACUUUAUGGAUAAUCAGCUCUCUAGUGUAUUAACAAAAUUCUCUUGAUGUUUCCUCAUGGACUUGUAUAUCAUUUUUUAAAUUCCACAGUCUCUUUUGAUGUCUUGUCUGCAUGCAUAUCUGGAAUUUUUCAGUUUCUCAAUCUUUUAUGAAAGAGAGAACAUAUUGGCUCUUUUCCUCAUUCCCCAUUCCUCAUUGUAGAGUGGUAUAUUUUUUUCUUGCAAACUAAGUAAUUGAGUUCAAAUUCUGUAAGAUUUGAUUGCAGCGCUUUAGAUUGGAAGCCAUUUAUUCUGUGGAAGGACAACAUAAGCGGUGAAGCAGAGCUAUAUUUUUGGACAGUAUUUUUAGCUGUAUUGUUUCUGACUCCUUUGCACACAAGACCUAAUUCAAAUCUUCUUACUCCCUAUUCAUUGACCACUAAAGCAUCUUGCUAACACUUUCGUUACUUCCAUUGGUGUUUUGCAUUUACUGAUUUAUUUUAAGCAUUCUGGAUAAACUGUCCCUCUAAGUUUUUAUUCUGAAUGCCUCAAUAUUUUUCUGAGCCACUUAGUUAAGUAGAGGCUCACUGAUUAUUUGCUACUAAGUUUACUAAUUUGCUACAAAAGGGGAAAUAUAAUUUGCCACCUCACUAGAAAUCAAGUAUGUCAAUGGAACAUUAACUUUUCAUGUAAAUAAAAUUAUUUGAAUGCUAAAACUAGCAAAAUCUUGGUAAUAUAUUUAUUUCAGAUGUAAUGUUUAGUCAUUUUUACUUUCAGUUGACAUCUCUCUUGGCUUUGGUUGUACAUUACAAUACUUAAUAUGCAGUUUUAGCUGUUGAUGUCCCUGCUCUCUCUGCCUGUAAUAGAAGUGGCUUCAGCCUGUAAAUCUCACAUUUGUGCUUCUGAAUUUUAUCUUAGCAUGGAUAGUGUAAGGGAACGUGCUUCCCCUCUUUUUUUUUUAAUAAAGUGAUUUUAAAAUAA